GUAGUUAUCACUAAUACAAAAGCCUAACCACAGAGCAAAACAGAGAGAGAGAGAGAGAGAGAGAGAGAGAGAGGAUCAUGGAUACAAAACAGAGCAAAAUGAAUGUCCUAAUGCUACCAUGGUUAGCCCAUGGUCACAUCUCUCCCUUCCUAGAGCUUGCCAAAAAACUCAUACAGAGAAACUUCCACAUAUAUCUGUGUUCAACACCAAUCAAUCUCAAAUCCAUCAAGAAAAGAAUUACAGAUAAGUACUCUCACUCCAUAGAAUUAGUAGAAAUACACCUUCCAUCAUUGCCUGAGCUCCCUCCUCACUACCACACAACCAAUGGCCUCCCAAUUCAUCUCAAUUCCACCCUCCAAACAGCCUUUGAGAUGGCAAGCCAAAGCUUUUCCAACAUCCUCAAAACACUACGCCCAGACUUGGUUAUUUAUGAUUUCAGCCCAUCAUGGGCACAAUCCAUUGCUUCGUCGUAUAAUAUUCCUGCAAUUCAGUUCAUGAUUUGUGGAACUAUGGUGAUUUCUUUUAGCCAUCAUAUGGUUAAGAACCCCGGUGUUGAAUUUCCAUUUCCGGCAAUUCAGCUUCAGGGAUUCCAUGAAGCGCGGUUUCGUCAUUUUAUCGAGACUGCUACAAAAAAAUUCGAAGACAGACAAGUUGCCCCUGUAAACGAUCAACCAUCUUGCAACUUUAUGUUGUACAACACUUGUAGAGAGCUUGAAGGAAAAUACAUCGAUUACCUGUCGGUUGUAGAUGAGAAAAGGGUUGUCCCUGUUGGUCCACUUAUUCAAGGCAUGGUCGACGAUGAAAACGAGCACUCUGAGAUCAUACAAUGGCUUGACAACAAGGGUGAGUCCUCCACUGUAUUUGUUUCCUUUGGGAGUGAGUAUUUUAUGUCCAAGGAAGAGAUUGAAGAGAUAGCUCAUGGGUUAGAGCUUAGUAAGGUUAAUUUCAUAUGGGUUGUUAGGUUUCCUAAGGAAGAGGGAGUUGAGCUUGAAGAUGCACUUCCUCAGGGGUUUAUUGAGAGGGUAGGAGAGAGAGGAUUGGUUGUGGAGGGUUGGGCUCCACAGGCAAGAGUUCUAGCCCAUUCAAGCACUGGUGGCUUGGUAAGUCACUGUGGAUGGAAUUCAGUAUUGGAAAGCCUAAAGUUUGGGGUUCCAAUUUUAGCCAUUCCCAUGCAUCUGGAGCAGCCAUUGAAUGCUAAACUGGCGGAGGAGUUGGGUGUGGCUGUGGAGGUGAGCAGAGACAUCAAUGGAAGACUCAACAGAGAAGAGAUAGCACAAGUAAUAAGGAAGGUAGUGGUGGAGAAAAGUGAGGAGGAUGUAAGAAUUAAAGCAAGAGAAUUUAGUGAGAAGAUAAGAAUGAAAGGAGAGGAGCAGAUUGAUGAGUUGGUAGAAGAGUUGCUUCAACUAUGUAAGUUGAAAUAUUUGGGAGAUUAGAAAGAGCUGUAAAAGAUGCUUUGAUCUGGUUUGUUGCUUUCUAUUUUUAAGAAACAUUUCCAUUUCUAAAUCUGUCCACAUACUACUACGUAGGGACAUUUUCUCAAUUUGUUUUCAUUUCUAUUUGUAUGAAACUCUGGUCUUCGUUUUAUAUCUAGUGUGCUUUUGAA